GCUCAGUACAAAGUGUCUCAAGGGAAGUGGAGAGGAGGAGAGUCAGGGCAGAGAGGAGGAUCUGAAGGAAGUGUUAGGAGACUGCAGCAGGAGCACAAUGAGCCAGGGCUGUGUGUGAGUCUAUGGAGAGCAGCUGGCAUUGAAUUGGCUGAGGGUAGUGGGGCUGGCAGUCCUGUAAGUGGAUGGUGGGUGAGAGGCUCUCCCUGCAUACCCUCUCUGGCUGCUGCCUCUGACCUGGCAGGUGACCUGGGGACAGGCAGCCUUUGUCUGAGCCACACUCACUACCUCUGCCUCUGGGAGCUGCAGCCAUGUCUUCACUACAACCCAAGAAAGGCUACUACAAGCAGGAGGUCAACAAGACCAUGUGGGAGGUGAAGGAGAGGUACAGAGAGCUGGUGGCUGUGGGGUCUGGAGCCUAUGGCACUGUUUGCUCUUCCAUGGACAGCAGGAGCGGAACUAAAGUAGCCAUUAAGAAACUGUACCGUCCUUUCCAGUCUGAACUCUUUGCGAAACGCGCUUACAGAGAGCUGCGGCUGCUCAAACACAUGCAACAUGAAAACGUAAUCGGAUUGUUAGAUGUGUUUACACCAGACUGCACGCUAGAGAAAUUCAACGACUUUUAUCUGGUCAUGCCAUUCAUGGGGACGGACUUGGGAAAAAUUAUGAAACAUGAAAAGUUGUCUGAAGACCGAAUCCAGUUUCUGGUGUACCAAAUCUUGAAAGGGUUGAAGUAUAUCCAUUCCGCUGGAAUCAUCCACCGGGACUUGAAGCCUGGAAAUCUUGCAGUAAAUGAAGAUUGUGAAUUAAAGAUUCUGGAUUUCGGCCUGGCAAGGCACGCAGACAGUGAAAUGACCGGCUACGUAGUAACCAGAUGGUACAGGGCCCCAGAGGUCAUAUUGAAUUGGAUGCACUAUACACAGACGGUUGAUAUCUGGUCUGUUGGCUGUAUCAUGGCUGAGAUGUACACUGGACGACCGCUUUUUAAAGGAAAUGAUCAUCUGGACCAGCUUACAGAAAUUAUGAAAAUCACAGGAACACCUACUCAAGAUUUCGUUCAGAAGCUGCAAAGCCCUGAAGCAAAAAGCUACAUAAAGAGUCUCCCGAAGGUACAGAAGAAAGACUUCGGAGCAUUGCUGAGAUAUGCAAACCCUCUGGCGGUAAACAUUCUGGAGAAGAUGCUGGUACUGGAUGCAGAAAAGAGGAUCACUGCUACAGAAGCACUUUGUCAUCCUUACUUUGAACAGUUCCACGAUGAGGAUGAUGAGACCGAAACAGAUCCGUAUGAUGAUUCCUUUGACAAUUUGGAUCUUCCCCUCGAGGAAUGGAAGCGUCUCACCUAUAAGGAGUUAUGCAGCUUUAAAUCGCCAGUUACUGAAUCUAAAGAAACCUCCGUAUAACGCCUCCCAGUACUGUCCAACACACAGAAAAUGAACAAUGGGAACUGGACUUUAAACCGGAUAAAAUCUAUACCAUCCACGUCUUAAGAAUCAUUUGUGUCUUUCGUUUUCAUUGAAUGGGGAUCUUAGUGCCUUUUUUUUUUUUUUUUGCGUUUCGUCUCGCUUUUAUGUGACCUUAGUGCUGCGGCAGAGUGUGUGCGCAAGGUGAAAACUUACCAUGUAUCCUACUCAUAUUAUACUCUGACUCGAGAGUACAAGCCGAACAAUCAUGCCACUAUAUCACCAGAAGCCCAAACCCCUUUGUGAUCAUCGUUGGCAAACUUCCUUGUUAUCGUGGUAAUCCUUGUAUCCAUGUUGAUCCUGAAGGGAUUAAAUUGAUCUGAGAAGGUUUUCCAGGGUAAUAACUGGUGCAAAGUUUGUUAUAUGUUGGUUUAGUAAGAUUAUGCCAAUCAUAGACUGGUCUGGACAGCCCUGCUCCAUAUUCAGGAAAAUCUAACCAUCUUCAUACAACAAAACCUAUGUCUACAUCCAGAUUACUGCGUGCACUGUUGCGUUACGUUAAAUAUUAAAAAGUGGUUAUAUUUGGCUUAUUGA